GAGGUGGAUAAAGUGAGGGAGAGUGUGUGGUUCAUCUCUCUGAGGAUCCUUCAUGACUGACUGGAGACCUGCUGAUCCACUGCGAAGAAUCCUUUGACAGUCGUGCAGCGUUGACGUUGUGGAUAGAGUCCCGCUGUCCUGUUGCUGUCAUGAGCUUCAGGGCGGUGCUGCUGUUCCUCCUGGUGUCUCUUAGCUGGUCCAGAGGAGCCAUCAUCACGGGAGCCUGUGAGAGAGACAUACAAUGCGGUUUUGGUCUGUGCUGUGCUGUCAGCCUAUGGCUGAGGGGUCUGAGAAUGUGUAUCCCAAAAGGUGUGGAAGGGGAUGAAUGUCACCCUUUUAGCCACAAGGUACCCUAUCCAGGGAAACGGCAACAUCACACCUGUCCUUGUCUUCCUCACUUGGUUUGCAGCAGAUAUGCUGAGAGCAAGUACAGAUGUACCGAUGACUUCAAAACAUGGACUUUUAAUGGAUACCUACCAUUCAAAUCACAAUUGCAACAGAAAAAAAACACCACUAAGGACCUAAUGAAAAACAUGAAUGAUACAAGAUAUUCCAUCAAAUCUGAAUGUAUAUUCUUCAUUUGUUUUUCCUAUGCAUAUCAUUUGGGAUUAUUAUAGCACCACUAAGUUGUAAAAAGAAAUGGUAAGACAAUGUAACAAGGGACAAGAUGAUUUUUUUUUUUUUCAAUAAAACUAUAUUUCUUGGU